CCAGAGAGCUCAGAGGACGUCGUCCUCACAACCCCAUCCAAGUUAACUGAAAACACCAACGACUUUUCUUCUGGCCCAAAGGAUAAGGGCAACGGUUCCAAUGGCACCAAUAACAAUCAUAACAGUAACCUUGCACCUCGUACUCUCUUACGCACUCUGUCGAAGCUGGAGGCGCUGCGAAACCUGCUUCCUUCACGUGAUAAGAUGGAGACGCCGGGGCCCGAGACGAGCGAUGAAAUUGAGGAAUCUCUCCCGUUGGGGCCGUAUCCGAUGGUCUCUUCAAAACAACUGAAGCGCCUUCAGGCAAGGUCCCUAAAAACCGUCUACGUGCACGACUGGCCACUGCUGCUGGAAACAGUGCUGAGAAAUCAAUGGGAGAAACAUGCAUCCGGGCGAGGCUUCUCAUGGAAAUGUAUUCCAAAGGAGGUGCUCAGGGCGAAGGAACUUUUUCUUGACGCUUCCGACGGCAAGACCCUCUGCGAAAAGAGACCGCUGGGACACAUCCCAUGUGGAAUGAUUGUGUGGCUGGUGACUAUUGUUCCCCCAACGUACUACGACAGCGACACGGACACCGCCGGAAUUCGUCGUAUUGUGAUGGUUGCCAAUGACAUUGCGUUUCAGUCCGGCUCUUUUGCCGUUCCAGAGGAUGACGUUUUCUCUGCGGCCUCCGAGCUGGCCCGAAGAUUACGUGUGCCUUUUGUGUACAUCAGCGCCAACAGUGGGGCGCGACUUGGGUUGAGUGUGGAGGUAAAGAAGCGGUUUCGUGUCGCCCUGAGUGAGACGAAUGAGUUGGAAUACUUGUAUCUCUUGCCCGAAGAUUACGAGGAGCUGAUGCGGCUUGGCGUGCGGUUAUCGGUGGAGCCAAGGCAGGAAAAAGACGGCAACGGUGAAACGCGUUACGUUAUCCGCGGCAUUGUUGGUGCACCGGAUGAGUAUUUGGGUGUGGAGAACCUGCGCGGCUCCGGCCUUGUGGCGGGGCAGAUGUCUAAAAAUUACAGCGAAGUUCCGACCAUCAGCGUUGUGACGGGACGCAGCGUUGGUAUCGGAGCAUACUUGAACCGCAUUGGCCGCCGUGUGAUUCAGACAGACGAUGCACCACUCAUCUUGACAGGCGCCGGGGCACUCAACCGUCUUCUUGGAAAAGAGGUGUACAGCGACAACGGCCAGCUCGGUGGAAAGAGGAUAAUGGUGCCGAAUGGCGUGACGCAUUGGUGCACGAAGAACAACUACAGCUCUGCAGAAGCCCUGCUGUGCUGGCUCAACUACGUCCCACCCACUGUGGAUCCGCUGCGAUGCUGCCCGCGUGUUCUCGCACUGCCUAACUAUGAUCCCGUGGACAGGGACGUCACGUUCAUGCCAAAAGGAGGUGAAGCGUACGACCCACGGCACUUGGUUUGUGGUGUGGGUGAUAGGUUGGGUUUAUUUGACCGCGGCUCGUGGACCGAGUCAUUGGAGGGUUGGGCGAAGUCCGUUGUGACGGGGCGGGCAACUCUUGGUGGUAUUCCAUGUGGGAUCAUUCUUGUCGAGACGCGAAUGACGCGCAAGCAUGACCCUGCUGACCCUGCGGACCCGACGUCUGCCUCAUCCUUCAUUCCGCAGGCGGGGCAGGUGUGGUUCCCCGACUCCGCACGCAAGACGGCAGAUGCGCUUGACGACUUUCAUCACGAGCGGCUUCCAUGCUUUAUUUUGGCGAACUGGCGCGGUUUCUCAGGUGGAAUGCGAGACAUGUUUGACGAGGUGCUCAAGUUUGGUGCCUCCAUCGUCGAUAAUGUCCGUGUCUACAACUGUCCUCUCUUUAUUUACAUUCCCCCCUGCGGUGAGCUGCGGGGCGGGGCGUGGGUUGUCGUUGACCCUUCCAUCAACCACAACGGUGUGGUUGAGAUGUACUGCGAUCCCACCUCCCGCGGUGGCGUGAUGGAGGCGUCUGGUGUCGUGGAAAUCAAAUUCCGGGAAAACGAUGUACGGGAGCUCAUCCGUCGCAGUAACCCACACCUUGCCGCAUUAGACCAUCAGAGGCUUCGAGAUGAAGAGAACCGCCUGCUGCCGCUUUACCGCGAUGUUGCCAUUCGCUUCGCAGAUCUACACGACACCCAUUUUCGCAUGCAGGCCACGGGUGCCGUGCGGGGCGUGGUACCGUGGAAGGAUAGCAGACGCCUGUUUCACGCCAAACUGCAGCGCAAACUGAAGGAACUGUCGGUGGCGGUCUCGAUGGUGGAGGCGAAAGAAGUUGGUUCCAUUUCCGAGGGAGUCCGGAAAAUUGAGGCGGCUUUUGCGCAGGAUCAUCCCGAUAUUCCGUGGGGAACUAAUGAUGCGCUGCACAUGCAGUGGCUUACAGAAAAGGUGGAGUUGAAUGGUGUCUUUUUGAGUGGCGUCUCGUUAUUACCGCCGUCACCGGCAAUAUCGUUGCCGUCGCCCUUGACUGCGGUUGAAGAGGUGACACGUCUGACGGCUCAAUGCCAGGGAACCGAUGCGUUAGAAAAUUGUUUUGAAAGCCUCUUUGAGGAUGAAAAUAUGCUGAAGGCUGCGAUGGGGGCCAUGCAGCGAAUACGGGACCGUGCAGAGAAGGUAGGGAAGCUCACCUUUACUGAGGCUGAGAUGGCCAGCAAACCCGAGUAA